GGAGAUUCGAAUAGUCUUCACGCAGCAGCUGGGCCUGCUGCCGUCCCCGCAUCCUCCUCGCCAUGGACAACCCGGAAAAUGUAUUUCAAAUGUUUGAAGCCCAUAUGCGAAACUACAAAGGCAGUGACCCACUUGGAGAAUGGGAAAGCUACUUGCAGUGGAUAGAAGAGAAUUUUCCUGAUAAUAAAGACUACUUGAUACUGUCAUUAGAACAUUUAAUGAAGGAAUUUUUAGAUGUGAAGAAAUACCACAAUGACCCAAGAUUCAUCAAUUAUUGCUUAAAAUUUGCUGAGUACAACAAUGACCUCCAUCAGUUUUUUGAGUUUCUGUACAACCAAGGAAUUGGAACCCUGUCAUCUCCUCUGUACAUUUUCUGGGCGGGACAUCUAGAAGCCCUGGGAGAACUGCAGCAUGCCAGUGCUGUUUUUCGGAGAGGAAUUCAGAACCAAGCUGAACCUAGAGAACUACUGCAACAACAGUACAGGUUAUUUCAGGCUCGCCUUACUGAAACGCGUUUGCCAGCUCAAGCUGGAACCUCAGAACCUCUGCAAAAUGCCCAGAUUUUAAACCAAGCAAUAGCAUCAAAAUCCAGUCCAGAAAAAAACCCAGCCUAUGUUUCUAAGAGUCAGAGUUCUGAAGUCUCUGGAGCAAUAUCCUCAGCUUGUAACAAAGAGCCAAAUAUGGUACUCAUGAUUUCUAAAUCAGAAUGCUGUACACACUCAUCUUCGGCAGCCAGCGCUGAUGUGCAGCAGGUCGUUAUGUACUGCAAGGAGAAGCUUAUUCGUGGAGACUCAGAAUUUUCCUUUGAGGAGCUGAGAGCACAGAAAUACAAUCAACGAAGGAAGCAUGAACAAUGGGUAAAUGAAGACAAAGAUUAUAUGAAGAGCAAGCAGGCUAGUGCUUUUGAAGAACAAUUAUUAAAAAAGAAAAUGGAUGAGCUUCACAAAAAAUUGCACCAUGUCGGGGAGCCAUCCCACCAGGACCCCUCUGCUUUUCAGGAAAAGUCUGAGGUCACUCCAGCAUGUAUGGGGCCAAGUGUAGACUUCCAGCGGGAAGUGAGAGCUCCAAAUCUUCCAACCAUCAGUCAUCAGUCCUUAAAGAACUCAGAGAACCCUAAAGAGCCACCACCUGUUGUCCCUCCUGCAGCAACUACUAUUACUGCUACUUUGGUGUCCCCAGCCAUCAGCCAGAGUGUAGCUCCUCCUGUUCCUUUAAAGGCCCAGUCAAUGACAGACUCCAGUGUAAUACAAGACAAAAGUCCAGUACAAACAUUCCUGCAUGACAUGUCUUCAGCAUCUGUACACCAGCCUCGCCAGCCUGCCAAGGGUGAUGUGCUCACACAUGAGGCAGUGGGGAUCCUUGAGGCUCAAAAACAUAGAGGCAGUGACCUUGACAUCAUGGAGCACCCAUCAGAUGCCAGCCCUGCACUUCAAGCAAAAUGGACACAGAUUAGUUCACUUGCGAAUGUCAAUACUGCAAAGUUUUCAGUUGAAAACCCAUGGGAUAAUGACUUGAUUCUCAAACUUUUAUCUGGACUUUCUAAACCAGUGAGUUCAUAUCCAAAUACUUUUAUGCACCAGUAUAAACUUCCAACCAUCAAGCCUAAAACUGAGUUCCAAUUAGGUCCUUCGCUGGUGUAUGUCAAUUGCCUUCUUGGAGAAGGAGCUUUUGCCCACGUCUAUGAAGCUACCCUUGGAGAUGUGAAUGAGGUGAAAAAUAAGCAGAAAUGUAUUUUAAAGGUCCAGAAGCCUGCCAACCCCUGGGAAUUCUACAUUGGGACCCAGCUAAUGGAGAGACUCAAGCCAACCAUGGAAUACAUGUUUAUCAAGUUCUAUUCUGCCCACUUAUUCCAAAAUGGCAGCAUAUUAGUAGGAGAGCUCUACAGCUAUGGAACAUUAUUAAAUGCCAUUAACCUCUAUAAAAAUACCCCUGAAAAAGUGAUGCCGCAGGCUAUCGUCAUCUCUUUCGCUAUCAAAAUGCUCCACAUGAUUGAACAAGUUCACAGCUGUGAGAUCAUUCAUGGAGACAUUAAACCAGACAAUUUCAUCCUGGGAAACAGAUUUUUGAAACAGGAUGAUGAUGAUGAUUUAGCUGCUGGCUUGGCACUGAUUGACCUGGGUCAGAGUAUCGAUAUGAGACUUUUUCCAAAAGGAACUACAUUUACAGCCAAGUGUGAAACUUCUGGUUUUCAGUGUACAGAAAUGCUCAGUAACAAACCAUGGAACUACCAGAUUGAUUACUUUGGCGUUGCCGCAACAGUAUACUGCAUGCUCUUUGGCACUUACAUGAGAGUGAAAAAUGUAGGAGGUGUCUGGAAGCCUGAAGGUCUUUUUAGAAGGCUUCCUCAUCUGGAGAUGUGGGAGGAGUUUUUCCACACCAUGUUGAAUAUACCAGACUGCGACCAUCUCCCAUCUUUGGAUUUGUUAAGGCAGAAGCUGAAGAACCUGUUUCAACAGCACUAUUCAAGCAAGAUCCGAACCCUGCGUAACAGGCUAAUUGUGCUGCUCAUGGACUAUAAGCGUUUGAGAAAGUGAAAUGCAGAUGGGGACACUCUCCAGAAGAUACUGUGUAAA